AUGAACAAAGCGCAAAAGCCUCUGUUGUUUUCGACGACCGGAAAUAAAGAUGAAGCAAGAGAAAACACUACGGAAAAGGUGCUUGCAUACCUGAAGUACUUCGGCUAUGUGGGCAAGGACUCUGAACUUGGAUCAGGCGAGUUCAAGGAGGGUCUGACAGAGUACCAGAAGGAUGCGGAUAUUCCUGCAACGGGAGAAUUCGACUUGGCUACUGCUGAUGACAUGAACAAACCUUGCUGUGGUAUUCCUAACGGGCGUGCUAUAGCAGCCUUCGAGGCUGGAGCAACAAAAUGGUCGUACUUCACCUUAAGCUAUCGAUUUGACAAUUUCUGUGAAGAGGUGAGCGAGGCAGACUGCCGAAGGGUCAUUACCGCAGCAUUCGCCAAAUGGUCGGCAGUGACACCACUUUUGUUUCGAGAAAUAUAUGGUCCAGGCGCUGUGGACAUUAGGAUUGGGUGGUAUCGAAGGGAUCAUCCGCCAUGCAACUCGUUUGAUGGUACAGGGGGGCUCGUGAAUGGAGAAUUCACUAAUGUACUGGCUCACGCAUGGCCGCCGCCGCCGAUUGGCAGUGAUCUCGCGGGAGAUGUGCAUUUUGAUGAAGAUGAGAACUGGAGUAUCUCGCUCUUGGAGAACGUGGCGCUUCACGAGAUUGGACAUGCAAUCGGCCUGAAGCAUUCAACCGUAAAGACUGCCGUUAUGUACUACCGUGCUAACGGACAGUCGAACCUGCAACCCGAUGAUAUCGAAGGCAUUCAGUCUAUCUACAGCCCGUUUCACCCCGUCAUUGCUGAAGGAGAUCCAGGCCGAGGUAUUGGGGAUUAUGACCUUCGAUCAGCAGCUGACCGGGCUUUUCCCUUCGAUUAUACCGGGAGCGGCAAGGCCGAUCACCUGUGCUUCUACCGACCCGGCACAGGGACAUUCUGGAUCUUGAGGAACAACUUCAACGGAACAUUUACAGCCGUCUAUGCCCAAGGUGACCCUGGUAAUGGAAUUGGCGGGUACGAUCUCAAGUCUCCGGCUGAUCGUGCAUUUGCAUUCGACUUCGAUCAUUCUGGCAGACUUGACCACAUCGCUCUAUACCGUCCAGGCACUGGCACAUUCUGGAUCUUGAAGAAUGAAAACGGUAAUUUCCGGGCCGUCUAUGCGCAAGGCGAUCCGGGCCGUGGAAUCGGCGGGUAUGAUCUCAGGUCCACCACCGAUCGCGCCUUUGCGUUCGACUACGACCAUUCCGGCAAGCUUGAUCAUGUUGCGUUGUAUCGUCCAGGCACGGGCACUUUCUGGAUUCUGAAGCACGAAGCAGAUCAUAAUUUCCGUGCAGUCUAUCAGCAGGGUGAUCCAGGACUCGGAAUUGGUGGCUACGACUUGAAGUCUCCCAGAGAUCUCGCGUUUGCUUUCGAUUAUGAGCAUUCGGGAAAACUCGACCACAUCACCCUUUACAGGCCCGGCACCGGGACAUUCUGGAUUUUGCAACACAAGAGCGACCAUAGCUUUGCUCCCGUGUAUUCUCAGGGCGAUCCUGGACAAGGAGUUGCUGGUUACGAUCUAAAGUCCGCUGCGGACCAAGCCAUUGCUUUUGAUAAGGAUAAACUUAUCCUCUACAGGCCUGGCAAGGGAGCUUUUUUUCUCCUUAAGAAUGACGCGGGGACAUUCAAAAGUCAAUAUGCCGUUGGCGAUCCUGGCCCAGGCGUGGCAGGGUAUGACCUAAGGUCUUCAGCAGACCAGGCGUUUAGCUUCGACUUCAACUCGAGUGGAAGUGCGGAUCAUCUGGUAUUCAUCAGGCCCGGCACGGGCACAAUUUGGAUAUUCAGGAAGCUCUAA